AUCAACACUUGUAGAUAAACCGAAUUCGCGAAGAAACCACAGCUGCUAGGACGCGUACACGUCCAUCCCUGCCUUAAAAUCCCCUGAAGGGUCUACAAACCGGGGCGUUUGUAUGGAAGCUUACUAGCAAGCGCACGCUAGGAACGCGUGCUUUGAACGAGGAUAUUAGGCGGCUAGCCUGCGUGGAAGAGCAGAACGCGCCGACAAGGGGAGACUUGAAGGGCUGACGUCCAGAACCGACCUCAAACAAUAUGGCGCUCGAUAUCCGCAUCGCUGGGCGGUACCGGCUUGGUCGCAAGAUUGGCGGUGGCAGCUUUGGUGACAUCUACUUAGGCACGAACAUUCAGACCGGGGAGGAGGUCGCCAUCAAGUUGGAGUCAGUCAAGACUCGGCACGCGCAGCUGCUCUACGAGUCAAAGCUUUACAAGAUUUUGCAGGGUGGAGUUGGUAUCCCUAACGUGAGGUGGUAUGGCGUUGAGGGCGAUUACAACGUCAUGGUUAUCGAUCUACUUGGUCCCAGUCUAGAGGACCUGUUUAACUUCUGCAACAGGAAGUUCAGCUUGAAGACGGUGCUCAUGCUUGCGGACCAACUGUUAUCUCGAGUGGAGUUUGUACACUCUCGCAGCUUCAUUCACCGUGACAUUAAGCCCGACAACUUCCUCAUGGGCUUGGGCAAGAAGGCCAACCAGGUGCACAUUAUCGACUUCGGUCUGGCAAAGAAGUACCGAGAUCCGAAAACACACAUUCACAUUCCAUACCGUGAGAACAAGAACCUCACCGGUACAGCGCGCUACGCUAGCAUCAACACACACUUGGGCAUUGAGCAGAGCCGACGCGAUGACAUGGAGUCGCUUGGUUACGUCAUGAUGUAUUUCCUUCGGGGCUCGCUUCCGUGGCAAGGCCUCAAAGCCACAACCAAGCGCCAGAAAUACGAGAAGAUCAGCGAAAAGAAGAUGUCCACGCCCAUCGAGGUUCUGUGCAAGGGCUACCCGAUGGAGUUCGUCACAUACUUCCAGUACUGCCGCUCCCUUCGCUUCGACGACAAGCCGGAUUAUUCCUACCUGCGGAAGAUGUUCAGGGACCUCUUUGCGCGCGAAGGGUACCAGUGGGACUACGUGUUUGACUGGACUAUCCUGAAGCACCAGCAAAGCGGGACGGUGCCGCGGCCGCAAGCACCACCCAGGCCGGAGCCCGUGGGAGGCGAGGGCGAGGAGCAGCAGGACGGCAACUACGGCGGAAGGUUUGACUUUUAAGCUGGAAUGUGGCGCAGCAUGCAGCUGGAGCGGGACGCAUGCCUAUUCUGUGGGUGACUGGGAGGAUAGAGAGCUGCGUGUCGUCCGCGGUGAGCGCACCGUAGCCCAUCGCCAUGGCGAGUUAUGGCUGGUUCUGGGACCCCGCUAAGCAUUUGUUACACCUGGGUACGGAGGUCUGGUGUUGUAGGGAUGGGGCGCGAAAGAACUGGGGCGUUACUACUUAUGUGGCGUACGGCGGCUUCUUCCAUUUGUUGAGCGGCAACCCCUUUUAUCCUGGAAUGACUCGGCAGCCAGUGCGGCAGGGUCGGGUGCCCGCUUUCGAAACAGUUCCAUGUGGCCGCUGUGCGACUAUAGAAAAUAGGUGUCAUGUAGUUGCGCCUUCACCAUUAGAAAGAUUCGGAAUGAUGCACGCUGGAUAGUUUGGCCCACUGGUGGCUAAGUCAGCGUUUGCGGGAGGGGGCUGUGGCUGUUACAACGGCCGGCUGUAAUACAAACCUUGGAUACUAGUUUGCAGCAGUAUGUCUGAUGUACCAUGCAUGACAUCUGGAUAAACAUGAUCGCCCUGGAGCUGUGGCUCUUGAGCACGGGUACGGGACCGCCGGUGUGGCCCACUAUAGUCGGAUGGCAUUGGCAUUAAGUUGCUUUUGGUACAUGUAAUGGUACACCCAUUGCCUGAAGGCUUCUUGUGCUGUUGAUGCUCGGAAAGGCUAAGUCGGGGUGUCGUUUUAUCACUGUCUGGGACUGAAUCUGCAGCAGCUGGGUGUAGCAAAUGACUUAAAUCUGUGCAGCUUUUGACCGGGCGCUUUGAGCUAACGGGAGUGAGAAGUCGCAAUUGUUAGAAGGGAGUGCGUCGGUGUUCCGAACGCUGUUUGAAUUACCAUAGGGUCACCACCACCAACAAAAGUCUUGAAGUGUCGGGUCGCAUUCACGGGCAUGUGAGCGUGUAAUUCCGAUGGAAUCCUGACUUUGUGUUCGUGUCACGGAUGAGGAACUAGUGGGAUGCCAUAUAGCACUUUUGGGUUGGGGCCUUGGUAACUUGGCAAUUGCUGUGCUGUUCGACGAUAUCGAGGAGUGGGAUGGAUGCGGGUCCUUGCAGGUCAAGAGUUGAGAAGCACGUUUGCAUUGCCACUCGGCCUUGUGCCUUUGAAUGCACAGAGAUCAGAUCAGCUGGAAGAGCCUCCUGAGGUUUACACCGAUUGCAAUCCUACAGGUG